AUGAAAAGCGGGAAAAAAACAGAAACUGCUGUUUUGAAAUCUGUCAUGGCGGAUAUUAUUUACAUGGAGAAAAGUUCUCAGGCCAAUCAAGACAUAUCUGCAUCUGCCAUGAUACGAAAAGGGAUUAAACGUCGUGAAGAAUCUGCUGUUGCUUUUCGUGCCGGAAACAGGGAAGAUUUGGCAUUGAUUGAAGAAUCUGAAAUUCAGAUUUUGAAUAGCUUGUUACCAAAACAAAUGUCUGAAGAAUGCAUUGCAAAGAUUAUUGGUGAGAUCAAAGAACGGAUUGGGGCCAAAGGACUUGGAGAUUUAGGCAAGGUGAUGAAGGUUGCAAAUACAGAAUUAAAUUCUUCUGUUUCAUCCAUGAAGCUUGUAUCGGAAGUUGCCAAAAAGAUUUUGUCUGCUUAA